GGACUCUGCCAAGCAGUCAGGGAGAAGUAAACAUCCAAAAACCACCACCAUUCUGUCAGCACCGAAAUCGCAAACAUAAAAGUUGUUCACUUCGCAGUCAACACUGCCGCGAGUGAUAGAAAAUGGCCGCCGCAGCGCCAGAGAAAGACAAAUACAAGGUGCACAAGCUUUCGCUGAAAGGCAGCGCAAAGCUUGUCGCCGAGUUUUUCCAGUAUUCGAUACACACGAUUCUCUUUCAACGAGGCGUCUACCCCGCCGAGGACUUCACCGCCGUCAAGAAGUACGGCCUCAACAUGCUCGUCUCGUCCGACGACCAAGUCCGCGCCUACAUCAAGAAGAUCAUGUCACAGCUCGACAAGUGGAUGGUUGGCGGCAAGAUCUCCAAACUGGUCAUUGUCAUCACCGACAAGGACACGGGCGAGAACAUUGAACGGUGGCAGUUUGACGUCCAAAUCCUCGCGAAACCCAAAUCCAAACCCUCCUCCUCCUCCUCCUCCUCCUCCUCAAAAACCCCCAAACCAACCACCACCACCUCCACCUCCACCUCCACAAACCAAGAAAACACCCCAUCAGACCCCACCGCCCCAUCCCCAUCAGGUACACCGGGGGUAGAAAAAACAGAAUCCGAAAUCCAAUCCGAAAUCGCCGCCAUCUUCCGCCAAAUCACCGCCUCCGUCACCUUCCUCCCACAGCUCUCAGGCGACUGCACCUUCAACGUGCUCGUCUACGCCGACGCGUCGAGCGAGGUGCCCGUCGAGUGGGGGGACAGCGACGCCAAGGAGAUUGUCAACGGCGAGCGGGUCCAGCUUCGGGGUUUCAGCACGGCCAGUCACCGCGUUGAUACCCUGGUUAGUUAUCGGUUGCAGGACUGAUCGCCAGGCUUGGGGGGUGAGUUGUUUUCUUGGUUUUGGGGUGUAUAAAUGGGUGUAUAUUGUGCUUGGGAGUUUUUACCUGGUUGGGGUGCUGGCAUGGGACAGGAUGGCGUUACGGAUUAUAUCUCUAGCUGCGCUGGAUCUUCACGGGCCGAGAUACGGAUAUAUCAGGGAUCAAUAUGAUUCGGUUUGAUGUUGUGCUCAAGUGGGCGAAAAAUCGCUGGCAAAGACCAUGUCAUUGUAACUCAUAUGCCCCGCUCUAUGGCUCAGUGUUUCCGGCGUCCUCUAUUGCUUUACGGCAUUUUUCACACCCUUUGACUCUUGCCACCCUCCCGAGGAUCGAAAAGUACACUUUUUACGGACCCUAGACACGCUUGAAAAAGUAGACAUAUGCAUUCUUCUUCAUCU